UACUUGUUUUUUAUCAACAAUUCAACGCAAUAAUUACUGCUGUAUAACUCCUUGCAUUCCCUUCAAAAUUAAGGAAUUUAAGCAAAUGAUGAUGAGAAAUAUAUAGUGGGCAAUAGAGUUUUGAACUUUGAAAAUUUUUUCACGCAACCAGUCCAAUCUUUGUCAGCGUUAGGAAUAGUAAUAGCGAGUAAAGAUAAAUGUUCUGAUUUAGAAAUAUUCUAAAUAAGUGAUAUAAAUUAUAAAUGUACAGCUUUGCCUUAUGGAGAACAAAUCGUCAUGAUGCCCAUUCUUCAUAACGUCAUCUGGUAAUAUUUUUACAAAUUUUAGAUAUCUAAUAAUUUUAAAUGUUUUAAAUGAAAAUUGUUACACUUAUGUUUAAUUGCAGAUGUCUUUAUUUAAGUCGCAAAUCCCCGAUUCUGAUUUCUUUAUCGCUUCUAGCGAGUUUACCAAUAUAAAUACAACGAAUAACACUAAAUUAGAAGAAAAACUUGAUAUCAUUAUAGCCAACCAAAACAUCAUAAAGAGACAACAAGCAGAAACGUUGGCGAUGUUUAAGCAGCUAUUUGAAAAAGAUGUAGGCUCCUAUGGAACGAGAAGUGUGUUCCCGUUGUCCAACUUGGAAGCAUUAAAAAAACUGGAUACAGAUAUAGUGGUAGGUUCCAGUGCAGACUAUAUAAAAAUCAUUAAAAACAUAAUAGGCAAAACGGGGAUUAUUAAAUCUUCUGAGGGUAUUUUCGAAAGGAGUCUUAUUGUUCAGUUGAACUACGAUGGCAUUCAUUCCAAAUACUCCUUAAAGGAAUGCAAGGAGUUAAUCGACUGCUUGUUUGAGGCAUCAAUGAAAGAAGAAUAUUCCCAUGGCGAGUUUGUUAAAGACUUGCGACAAGCUUUAAAACUGGCGAAAAAUCGUCAUUUUAAAACAAACUCCAUAUUAAAAUCUAAAAAACAAAAUAUUUAAAUAAAAUUAAUGGUGUCCACUGUUUCUGCUAUUGGUAGGUUUAUAGUAAGUAGUUACUAGUAUGUAAUAGAAUAGUUUGAAGGAAAGUACUUCGAAGCACACGAAAUAUUAGAUUUAUAGUAACUACCUACUGAAUUAAUCAAAAUUAGGUGUGGGGAAAGCACUUUCCGUCUUAUGAAUUCAUAAGCGAAGUGGAGGUUCUUCGCUCCAAUGACAUUGAUCAGAAAAACGAAAUUAGAUAGUAUUAUUGUAGGAAAGUACCUUUACUUAUUUUUUCAGUAGGAAGUAUCCAAUUCUUUCCUACUUCCAAGUCCCACUGGGCAGACGCCGUAACAUCUCCCCGAGCAUGCCUUUGCCAACAAGUGUCUUUUCGCGACGACGGCAAA